GCUCUGCCGCCGCGAUGAGCCCCUGCGUGCCCCUGGCGUCCUCUCUGGCCGCGGCCGCCCUUCUCCUGCUGGUUCCCGAAGGUCUCUGUGGAAGAAUUAUUGGAGGAAACCCAGUAGCUCCUCAUUCCAGACCCUACAUGGCGCUGCUGACGGGGGAGGGGCUGUGCGGCGGGGCUUUGAUCGCCGAUAGAUGGGUGCUGACAGCCGCUCACUGUAAACUGAACAAAACGUCCCGGGUCAUCCUUGGGGCUCACUCAAGAACCAAGCACGAGCCAGAAAAGCAGAUCAUGUUGGUGAAGGGACAGUUCCCCUACCCAUGCUAUGACAAGAACACACAUGAGGGCGACCUGAAGCUUCUAAAGCUGGGGAAGAGAGCAACAAUAAAUAAAAACGUGGCUAUCCUUCGUCUCCCUAGAAGGGGCAGUGAUGUAAAACCAGGAACCAAGUGUCGAGUUGCGGGAUGGGGGUUGUUUCACAACACGUUGUCAUCUGCACCUGAUACUCUGAGAGAAGUCAAUGUCACCAUCAUAGACAGAAGAACCUGCAAUGACCAAAAUCACUACAACUUUGAUCCUGUGAUUGGACUGAAUAUGAUUUGUGCUGGAGACCUCAAAGGUGGAAAAGACUCAUGCAACGGGGACUCUGGAGGCCCCCUGAUAUGUGACGGCACCUUCAGAGGAAUUACGUCCUUCGGCAAAGCGGGAAGAUGUGGGGACCCCAGAGCACCUGGCGUGUAUGUGCUGCUCUCACAGAAAUACCUCGACUGGAUCAUCCAGACCAUGCAGGGGGCAGUUUAGAUCUCUGUAUUUCAUGUCAUUUGCUGUCACUUCUUCAUCGUUCAUAAAUAAAAUCAAUUCU